AUGGAGAGUCCGCUUGUACCGAUCCCAGUGCUCUUUGGUCCGACCGAGUAUGCGUCGCCCCGCGUCUCGCCGGACGGCGCCCACCUCGCGUACCUGGCGCCGAGCAGCAAUGGCAUCAUGAACCUCUUCGUGCGGCCCAGCUCGGGUAGCGCCACGGCGGUCCAGCUCACGACCGAGGCGAAGCGCCCGAUUCGGUUCUUUCGCUGGGCGACCAAUGGCACGCAUGUGCUGUACGUCCAGGACGAGGACGGCAACGAGCGCUUCCAUCUCUUCGCCGUUCACAUUGCGACGGCGACGACGACCAACCUCACGCCGCUCGCAGACGCCAAAGUGCUCACCACGUUCCCAAUGACGUCGUUCUACAACCACAUCAACCGGCUCACGAGCGAGCGCUUCCCCGACGACGUCGUUAUCGGCAUCAACGACCGCGACCCGAAGCUCUUUGACGUCUACCGUAUCAACGUUGUGACUGGCGAGCGAACGCUGCUGGCCGCCAACACGGUCCGCGCCGAAGCGUGGAUC